UUGAAUCUCAAUGAAGCCUAUAGUGGACUGAAACAACAGGCUGAUCUACUGUCUCAAGACAACAUGCUCAAAGAUGAAAAUUAUGCGCAGCAGUUGAUGAACAGUAUUUUAUCAGCGAUGAAUUCGAUUGUGGAUGAAAAUUUACAACUACCUAAAGUUGAAAAGUUAGCAAGUGAUAUCAGCUUUAACUCGGGUGAUCAGAUUAUUGCCCGAGAUCUUUUUAUCGAAGAUCAAAUUCCAGAGGGAUAUCAACUCAUCCCGAUUCGUCAAUUGAUUUCACAAUGGACCAAAUCUGAGUUUGAACAAGCCAGUCGUGCAGUACAGUUGCUAGAGUGGCGAAGAAACCAUAAGUUUUGUAGCCACUGUGGACACGAAACCGAGGUUCACCCAACUGAAUAUGCCAUGGUCUGCCCUAGCUGUCGUUAUCAUCAAUACCCGCGUGUACAACCGUGUAUUAUCACCGUGAUUACUCGUGGCGAUAACGAAAUUCUAUUGGCAAAAAAUGCCAAGAAUAAAAGCAAGAUGUAUGGCCUUAUUGCGGGUUUUGUUGAAGUCGGUGAAACACUGGAAGAAGCAGUCAAAAGAGAAACGUUGGAAGAAGUUGGCCUACAUGUCAAAAAUGUCCAAUAUUUAUCCAGCCAACCUUGGCCUUUUCCAAGUAAUCUUAUGCUGGCCUUUAAGGCAGAAUAUGAAUCUGGUGAAAUCGUCUUGCAAGAAGAAGAAAUUAGUGAGGCUCAGUUCUUUAAAUUUGAUCAGUUACCCGAAACGCCUUUUAGUGGCAGUAUCGCCCAUGCCAUGAUUGAACAUGUAAUUCACAAUAAACCGAUGCAUAAAGACUGA